UCCUCCUCCUCCUCCUCCUCCUCCUCCUGGGUUUGCUGCGGCUCCGGCUCCGGCGGCCGCGGGGCUGCGGGGAGCCCCGGGACACCCCACCCCACCCCCGAACCCGGGUGGGUACAGCCCGCCGCCCCCAUGCGCGCCGCCCCCCAGAAACUGCAGCGACGUGGCUUUCAAUGCGUCGGAGAGUGCCUGCGGCCAGAGAGGGGCUGCCUGGCCCGGCAAAGCCUGUCUAGCUGACAGUCCCCGGGAUAACGCCGCCGUCCCGCUGCAGAGCCGGCGGAGCCAUGCCUAAGAAGGAUGACGACGCCAAAAAGCCAACGUCGGAGACGGUACCGGACCAACGCUGGAAACUACAAGUCUUCUACCUCUGCUUCUACGGCUUCAUGACACAGAUCCGGCCCGGGGAGAGCUUCAUCACCCCGUAUCUCCUGGGGGCCGACAAGAACUUCACACGGGCAGAGGUGACCAAUGUGAUCACGCCAGUGCUGACCUACUCCUACAUGGCCGUGCUGGUGCCCAUCUUCCUGCUGACGGACUACCUGCGCUACAAGCCGGUGCUGGUGCUGCAGAGCCUGAGCCACAUCUCCAUCUGGCUGCUGCUGGUGUUGGGCACCUCGGUCCUGGCCAUGCAGCUGAUGGAGUUCUUCUACGGUGUCACCAUGGCCGCCCGCAUCGCCUACUCCUCCUACAUCUUCUCCCUCGUCGCCCCGUCCCGCUACCAGCGUAUGGCCAGCUACUCCCGCUCCGCCGUCCUCCUGGGUGUCUUCACCAGCUCGGUGCUGGGCCAGCUCUGCAUCACCUCGGGUGAUGUCUCCUUCCUCACCCUCAACUACAUCUCGUUGGGCUUCGUCAGCUUCGGCCUCGUCCUCACCCUCUUCCUCGAGCGGCCCCGGCGCAGUCUCUUCUUCAACAGGGCCGAGGGGGCUGGCGACGGGGCUGCGCCCGCCGAGCUGGACAAGAUGACCGGGGGGGACGGCGGUGGGGGGACGGGGGGCUGGCGGGAGGCGGCGCUGUGCCGUAUGCUGGGGGAGGUGGGAGCGUUGGCCAGGCAGCCCCAGCUCCGGCUCUGGUCCCUGUGGUGGGUCUUCAACUCGGCCGGUUACUACCUGAUGCUGUACUACGUGCAGAUCCUCUGGAACGAGAUCUACCCCGCCACGGACAACCGCCGGGUGUACAACGGAGGGGUGGACGCUGCCUCCACGCUGCUGGGGGCUGGUGCCUCCUUCGCCGCCGGCUACGUGAAGAUCCGCUGGACGCUGUGGUCGGAGCUGGUGAUCGGGGCGGUGACGGCUUUCCAGGCAGGGCUGCUCCUGCUCAUGAAUACCACCAGCAACAUCUGGCUGUGCUACACUGCCUACGUCCUCUUCCGUGGCUCCUACCAGUUCCUGGUGCCCAUUGCCAUUUUCCAGAUCGCUACCUCCCUCUCCAAAGAGCUCUGCGCGCUGGUCUUCGGGGUCAACACCUUCUUCGCCACCGUGCUGAAGACCAUCAUCACCAUCAUCGUGGCCGACAAGAGGGGCUUGGGCUUGUCUGUGCAUCCCCAGUUUUACGUGUAUUUCGGCUACUUCACGCUGCUGGCUGUGAUCUACUUGCUGGGGGCCGUCGGCGUGGGCAUCCGGCACAGCCGCCGCCAGCAGCCGGUGGAGCUGCCCUUGGCCAAGGAGCCGUGCCAGCUCCCCGCCGAGGGGCCCGCGCAGGACAAGAGCCCGGAGGCAGGUGCUGAGCAGGCCUGAGCGCCGGCACCGUGCCCGCCGUGCCCGCGGCUCGGCUCCAGACGUGAGCGGCAACCAUCACUCCAUCACAUCACCGGGGGCAUAACCGUGUUUUAUGCCCCACGGCGGGUAGGGUUAUGUGUGUCCCCCCCGGCCCCUGCCCCAUCCCCGGCCACAAAUGCAGCCAGAAAAAGGGCGGGAUGCCCACGGCUGCCACCGCCGGGUACCACGCAGGGAUACGGAUGGGGUCCGGGGUGUCUCCUGGCCGCCAGCUCCCCAUCACGGCGCGGAGCCAGGCUACAAGAGGACAACGUUUCUUUAUUCAGUGCCUUUAGAAAAUGGUUUAUGGGACACAACCGACAACAACAACAACAACAAAAAAAAAAACAACAACAACAAAAAAAAAGAUCCACAGGCUUUAAAUUGCAUUAAUUACACAAAAUACAGUAGACUGUAAGAAAUAGAGACUGUGUGACUCGCACAGCUUUUAUGGUAAUAAUUUCCAUACAAUAAUAAAAAGCUAGUUACAGAUUUA